AUGUCGGACUGGUGCGUGCCCUAUGGAGGUGGAUGGGUAGGCGAGGUGCCCCUCGAUAUCCACUUUCACAUGUGAUUGAAGAUCCGGUACGUGAUGCCGUCUGCACGGCUGACUCUCCGCGAGGAGGACGUCUUGCGGCUCACGUUGGAGUUCCUCCACAACCGGGAGCUUCAUAUAUCACAGCUGUCCUUGGAGCGUGAAUCGGGCGUUAUCAACGGAAACUAUUCUGACGAUGUUUUCUAUCUCCGGCAGCUCAUACUCGACGGGCAGUGGGACGACGUUCUGGAGUUUAUCCAGCCACUUGAAGUUUUACCUGCAUUUGAUAUGAGGAAGUUUCAGUACAUAAUUUUAAAACACAAGUACGUCGAACUCCUUUGCAUAAAAUCAGAAGCUGGUGCCCUAACGGGUGGCAGUGUCGAAUCAGCUGUAGACGAAGUCGUGAAAGUCCUUAGUGAACUAGAGAAGGUGGCUCCAUCUAAAGAAGAAUAUUCAAGUCUCUGCCUUUUGUUAACGCUUCCUCGAUUAACAGAUCACCUGCAAUACAAAAAUUGGAACCCUAGCAAUGCGCGAGUGCUAUGUUUUCGUGACGUGUACCCUCUCGUUGAAAAAUUCUUGCCCGCGGAAAGACGGGCGAGUGGUGGCGGUGACAGUGCAGGUGCGGCUAGAAACGACCGACUUAUACAACUAAUUAUCAAAGGUAUCCUGUACGAAUCCUGUGUGAACUAUUGCCAAGCUAAAGCCGUGGGCUCGGCCGACCCUAGCAGUCACGAAAUGAACUUUUCUAAAUUAUUGGACAGUUCGGCUGCAUUCAGUGAUUCUGAUCUCAGCUUACUAUCUUGGCUUCAAAGCAUUCCAGCAGAAACUUUCUCAGUUCCUUUUGAGCAGAAGACAUUAAACGUUGACGUAGAGCGAUUAGAGCGGCCGUGCUUGGAGACUUCUUGGACCGAACACAUGCUAGUAACUCCCAUCAAACCCAAGACAUUCCCCUAUUCCGAAAUGCCUUUUAGAAGGCCUCGAUCAGCGGCUGAUAUAAUGACACGAUCUCUUCUUCCAGCCCUCGAAGGCUUACCGUUCGGCCUCCAGCUUCAAAACCAUUCUGCAGGUGGUAAGAAAUCUAACUUGGCUGCAGGUGAUAGUGAAAAUCCCAUGAGCAGAUCGUCAUUCGCUAGUUUUCAUCUUACCGGACUGAAGAACAACAAAACCAUGAACACAUCUGUUGACAGGUUGUUCGAAAACGACAAUGACGUCUUCCUAAGCAGCAGCUACACGGAGUUUCAGCUGCCAUCCAUCUCGGAAGGAACAAGCACCCCCUUGCCUAAUAGAGGAAGGUCCACUAGCCCGAAAAGAAGCAUCGCAUCCACCCUUCCUUCGACCCCUUCGACCCCGGAACACAGGGGCAGUCCUGCCACUUCCAGCUCCACUACGGCGCGCUCCUCUCGGCGGGACUCGCUUUCGGAGAAGCCUCUUUCAACAACUGUUGUUUUUUCUGAAACCAGUUUCGAAGGUGACUUGGUAAAAGAAUACCAGAAGAUCAAACAACGACUACAGGAAAACAACCAGCGUCCUGAAGACAGGUAG